GGGGGCCGAGACAAAGCGGCCGCUAAUGAAUGGGGACCGGGAUCCGGAUCCGGCUGCUCCUCCUCCGCCUCCGCCUCCUGCAGCCGGGCCGCCGGGCCGAGGCCGGGGCCGGGAGAGCCGCGGAGAUCCUGUUUGGACGUAUGGUUGGGAAAGUGAAGAAGAGUGUGGGAAAUGAAGUCAGGGGCCAGGGAGAAGACGAUGACCUUGCCCCCUCGGCCUUCCUUCUCUCCUUUCCUCCCUGAUGUAGUGGAUACAGAAUACUGAACCUUUGGGUCAGGAAAAGUUCUCUUAGCUCGGCGACCCUGGACAAAUGGCUUCACUUUUCUGGUUCUCUGUUUCCUCAUCUAUAAUGCUGGCUCUUACCUCACAGGAAGGUGACACAAAAGGAUCAUGUUUACAUUUUCAAGAUGAACGAGAUUCUGACCUUGAGAAGAGAAGCUGAACCAUCGCGGCCCACGCUUAUGUUCACAGCAUGGAGCAUUUGUACUCAAGAGGCUCAGAACGGUGACUUGGGCCCUGUGAUGAUCUGCUCUCAAAGAGACUGAGUUGUGUCUGCAAGUUUUCAGUAAGAGUGGAAAAUGAAUCCUGUUUGCAAAAACAGCCACGUUACAAAAGACUGAAGAUUGGACGUUUGUGCUCUUGCACAAACUCUGUUCUUUGGAUCAAAUUGUCCUCCUAAGUUAUUACCAUACAAUGAUACAGCCAGAAUAAUCACUGUCAAUCAUGGAUAAGAAUCAGGAAACAUGUCCAAAAAUGGAUAAUAGUUUUGUGUUAGAUAAAAUAAAUUUUAAAGUAGAACCCGAAGAUAACAUGAUGAACCAUAGUUUGGAAAGAAUGGAUUUUAAAAGUGAGCAACAGGAUGUGAGACAGACGGACAGCAGCGACGAACAAGCAGAAUUCAAAGGAAAAAGCCGUAGCAGUCGUCACCCUGGGAAAUACUCUUCUCCUGACAACGAGGAGGAGUAUGGCUCUUUAUUUUCACAGUACAGCAGCACACUGUACGAUGUGGCAAUGGAAGCUGUGGCGCAGAGCCUUCUUUCCAGCAGAAAUAUAAGCUCCAGGAAAAAGUCUCCAGCUUGGAAUCACUUCUUCAUUUCUCCUCGGGAUAGCACUAAAGCAAUAUGUAUGUACUGUAUGAAGGAAUUCAGUCGGGGUAAGAAUGAGAAGGACCUGAGUACCAGCUGCCUGAUGAGACACGUGCGAAGGGCCCACCCCACCGUGCUCAUUCAGGAAAACGGGAGCGUGCCCAGCAUCGCCUCCUUUCCAUCUCCAUCCCUACUCCUCCCUCCACAGCCUGCGGACGUCGGCGACCUGAGCACCGUCUUGUCACCUAUAAAACUGGUCAAGAAGAUCGCUUCCAAGAUGCCCUCCCCAGACCGCUCUGUCGUGGAGGAAUCUGGCUCCGUCGUUUCUUCUGAAGAAAUGUCGUCCGACUUGUCCAUCUCGGAGAAAUACCACAAAGAAGAAGCCCUGGUGGCCUCCUCUCCCCACCUGGCCAGCGCCCAGUACGAGGAAGCUGUGGAGAACGUAGCAGAAAAGAGCGUGGCCGUCCCGAAGAGCGCAUCAGGGUCCCGGAGAAGGUCUGCUGUCUGGAAGCAUUUUUAUCUGUCUCCUCUAGACAACUCUAAAGCCGUCUGCAUCCACUGCAUGAAUGAGUUUAGUAGAGGGAAGAACGGGAAAGAUCUGGGGACGAGCUGUUUGAUAAGACACAUGUGGAGGGCCCAUCGCUCAAUUGUUUUGCAAGAGAACGGAGGAGGGACAAGCAUACCACCUCUUUAUUCCGCUCCCCCAACACUGUUGCCUUCUUUACUGCCCUCGGAGGGAGAGCUGAACUCUGUGGCAUCUUCUCCAGGAAAGUUAGUGAAAGAGUCACCCUCAGCCUCCUCUUCUCCUGAUAGGCUAGCGGAAGAAAUCCACUCUCAUCUCAAUCCUGGAGAUGCUUUAAUGGAAGACGUGUCUGUCCUGUCAUCUUCUGAUGACAUCGGGGAAGCAUCCCUGGUGUCUUCUCCCGAGAAGCAGGGGGAUGCAUUGAGUACCUUAAUAUUUGAGCCGGGCACUGUUUUUCAGCAAAAUAAAAAGAUAAUGAAAAGACUGAAGUCUGAAGUUUGGCAUCAUUUUUCGCUGUCUCCCACGGACAACUUGAAAGCAGUCUGCAGAUAUUGUAGUUGUAUGAUUAGUCGUGGGAAAAAGGGUGAUGUUGGUACAAGUUGUUUGAUGAGGCAUCUGUACAGGCGUCAUCCAGAAGUGAUUGGGAACCAGAAGAGCUUCAUUGAUGCUAGUUUGGCAAAUUCUCCUUAUGCCACUUUGGCUUCUGCAGAAUGUUCCUCCUCCAAAUUGACCGACUUGCCAACGAUGGUUACGAAUGAUAAUCAAGUGAUCUUUCCUGUUAAUAGCAAAAAGACCUCAAAACUGUGGAAUCAUUUUUCCAUUUGUUCAGCAGACUCAACAAAAGUAGUAUGUUUGCACUGUGGACGUACAAUAAGCAGGGGAAAGAAGCCAACCAAUCUGGGUACCAGUUGCCUUCUAAGACAUUUACAACGGUUUCAUGGCAACGUGCUGAAAAAUGACGCCUCAGAGACAGUGUUGCCCUCUGCUGCCGAGAUGCGUGUGCCCCUGAGCACAGAGUUACUAGGAUCAUCGUCCUUGGACGAAACCAAUGAAAAGUUUUCUGACUCUCACCCAGUUGCCAAAAAAAUCACAAGUCUUGUAGCAGAAAUGAUUGCACUUGACCUUCAGCCAUAUUCUUUUGUAGACAAUAUUGGCUUUAACAGGCUGCUUGAAUACUUGCAACCUCAAUAUUCUUUACCUGCGCCAUCUUACUUUUCUAGGACCGCAAUCCCAGAUAUGUACGAUAAUGUGAAGCAGAUCAUUGUUUCCCAUCUUAAAGAAGCUGAGAGUGGCGUGAUCCAUUUCACCUCCGGGAUCUGGAUGAGUAGCCAGACUCGGGAGUAUCUCACCCUCACUGCACACUGGGUCACGUUUGAGUCGUCAGUCCGGCCCCAUUGUGAAGACUACCACUGCUCCGCACUUUUAAACGUGUCCCAGGUGGAUUGUGACUACAGUGGGGUCAGUGUUCAGAAGCAGCUGGAAUAUUGGUGGGAAGCCUGGGUCACCUCGGUUGGCCUUCAGAUUGGGAUUACCGUGACUGAUAAUCAGAGCAUUGGGAAAACAUUAAAUGAAGGGGAACACUCCAGUGUGCCGUGUUUUGGUCACACGAUUAAUCUGAUCGUCAAUGAGGCUAUUAAAAGUCAGAGGAUGGUUCAGAACUUACUUAGCAUCGCUAGGAAAAUCUGUGAACGGGUGCAUCGGUCAGCAAAGGCAAAAGAGAAACUUGCUGAGUUGCAGAAAGAAUACGCGCUGCCUCCGCACCAUCUUAUUCAGGACGUUCCGUCCAGAUGGAAUACGUCCUUCCACAUGCUCGAGCGCCUCAUUGAGCAGAAGAGGGCAAUUGACGAGAUGUCCAUCGAAUGCGGCUUCCGCGAGCAAAUCAGCUGUGACCAGUGGGAAGUCAUGCAGUCUGUGUGCCACGCCUUGAAGCCCUUUGAGGCCGCGAGUCGGGAGAUGAGUGCACACGUGUCCACGCUGAGCCAGGUCAUCCCGAUGAUUCACAUUCUCAAUAGGAAAAUAGAAAUGCUGUUUGAGGAAACAAUGGGCAUUGACACCAUGUUGAAGUCUUUGAAAGAAGCAAUGGUAAGUAGAUUAUCCUCUACCCUUCAUGACCCAAGGUACAUUUUUGCUACGCUUUUGGACCCCCGUUAUAAAGCUUCCUUAUUUACAGAAGAGGAGGCUGAACAGUACAGGCAAGAUUUAAUCAGGGAACUAGAAAUAUUGAGUUCUACCUCAGAUGAUAAACCUGUUUCCAAUGGGUGUGAUAUAGGUUCACCAUCUACAAACUCUGUUGGAGAGGACAGCCUCUGGUCACUUAUGGCCAAGCUUAAAAAAAAAGAUCUAAAAGACAAGACAAAGCUGCCAGAAGAAAUGGUGCUUGCCUACUUGGAGGAAGAGGUGCUCGAACACAACUGUGACCCCCUAACGUACUGGAAUUUAAAGAAGUCGUCCUGGCCGUCCCUGGCCAAGCUGGCCGUCAGGUUCUUGGGCUGUCCCCCAAGCAUCGUUCCUUCGGAAAGACUGUUCAGCAAUACAUCCAGUGAAAACAGCAGCUUUAGCCAGUCCAGGCUCAUGAUGGAACACUUUGAAAAACUGAUCUUUUUGAAAGUAAAUCUUCCUUUAAUAUACUUUCAGUAUUGAAACGAAUGAACAAGCUGCCAGAUUCAAGCGAUUGACGCCUACUGAACAUUCACUGUCUUUGUGACUGGGAUGGUUGAGUCGCUCCACGUAGGGGCCAUGUAUGACAUCCAAUCAGUGACCCUGAUUCCAAGGUUAGCGCCACUCUCCAGCUUUCAAUCCAAUGUCUACAUGUGCCUUAUCCAUAGUUCUUCAGGCCAGAUGGUGUAUAUAUGUUUUUUUAAGAAGUCCACACUAGGUAGAGUCUGUCUUGUCAAAUUAUAAAAUAUGACUAUUAGGUUUUAAUCCAUAACUGUAAACUUUUAAGGGGGGAUGUCAGUUAUUUGUUUUAAUAGAAUGGCAAAACAGAGAGAGAGAGAUGGACACAGUUUGACUCUGUAGGGUUUUUUUAUUCAAGUAUGUAAAAACCAUGAACCAGGUACUGUAUUUUAGUUCAUCUUUGCUCUUAGGGCAGCAGAGCCACUUUUAGAGCUGUCCGGUGGAAGCUGGGUUUCAGAGGUGGAGGUCAAAGCCAUCCUUUCCUAAGCAGUUGUUGACCGCCGGCUCUCAGAUGGCGGGAGGGUGCAAACAAGCCAGACGGGGGGAGCCGCUUACUAGCAUGGGAAAUGUUUAGUAUUCGAACACGCAACUAAAGUGAGAGGUAUUAUGGAAUAUCUGUUAUACAGGGAUCUCUAAAGAAACUUCCCAUUGGUUUUUGUGUUUGUUUUUUUGUGUUUUUUAUUCAGGUUUUACAUUUGUCCUUGAACUUCAGAACUAUUCUGAGUAUUUAUAUAAGCUGCUUGGUAUUUUCACCAAGGUUUGUGAAUUCAUGCUUAUGUUAUUUAACACAGUGCAUAAGAUGGCAAGAUAUCUACAGCAGAAGCUCAGUUAAUUGAUGGUGAAGCCUUUAAAAUCCAC